CAUUUGUUUAAAUACUGCACUUACUGCAAUCACUAAUUGGCUUAUUUUGGCAUUUUGCCAUUUUCAGCCACACCUUUGUAUGAAACAUGUCUUCUCCGACAUCAGUUUUCGAUGGCAUGGAAGCAGCUCCUCCCGACGCUGUAUUCAACGUACUGGCUAAAUACAAGGAGGACACCUUCCCCAAAAAAGUCAACCUAUCAGUUGGCGCUUACAGGGAUGAAGAGGGCCAGCCCUGGGUACUUCCCGUUGUAAAGACAGUAGAGACACAGAUGAGCUCUGAUGUGAUGCUCAAUCACGAGUACCUCCCCAUUGAUGGACUCAAGUCAUUCACUGAAUCUGCAACAAGACUUGUACUGGGAUCAGAUGGACCAGCUGUAACGCAAAACAGAUAUUGUUCUAUUCAGUGUUUAUCUGGUACUGGUAGCAUCCGUGCAGCAUUGGAUAUGAGAGGAAUGAGGAAAGCAUAG